CUUCUUCUGCGGCCAGCAUCUCUACGCCAUGGCAGGUGUGGUGGUGAAGCAAGUCCCCCGGAGCCUCUUGAGCGUGGUGGCUUUCUUGGCGCUCGUCAGGCCCGAGGAGUUGUGGCGGCCGGUGGAGAGGGAGCUCUCCAGGUCCUGUCCUUGGGAUUGCCUCGUGUUCGUGCAGAUGUGGCCGGGCUCCUUCUGUGUGGCUCUAGGAAGGAAGUUGGAAUGUGUCAUCCCCAAAAAUGCAGACAUUUGGACCAUCCACGGACUAUGGCCCCGCAACGUCAUACAGUGCUGUCCCUAUUGGCGCCUCUUCCCUUCUGACCUUGUGGACUUGAUGCCCGAGCUGACCCGGUACUGGCCCACCUUCACCAACCUGAGCAAUUUCCAGUUCUGGGAGAAAGAAUGGCAGAAACACGGGACCUGCGCCGGUUGCGCCGAGACUCUGAACUCCCCCAGCAAGUACUUCCGAGCCAGCCUUUCCCUGCGCUCCAAAUAUAAUAUCGACAGGGCCUUUCAAAGAGGUGCCAUCGUGCCGUCCUGCAACCACAGCUAUCAGCUCAACACCUUCGUGGAGGUUUUGCAACCCAUCCUGGGAGACCAAUACGAACUGCAGUGCAUUACAGACACCCAGGGGCGCCAAAUCCUGGUCCAAAUCAAGGUGUCAAUUUACAGCAACUUCUCCACGGGUUGUCUUCCGGAACCUUCCGACUACUCCCCAUAUAAACCCUGCAGGGCCCAGAGAUCGAUUUUCUACUUCCCGCCACACCAGGCCAACCCACGUGAUCCUUGUCCGUGAUCCACGUCCCUCAGAAGCACAGGCCGGGAGAGCGAA